AUGGGCUACCUCAAUCAGAUCUUUCUCGUGCUCUUGCUUUGCUGUACGGGUGUGCUAGCAGUGCUCCCUGCAUCAUAUGAUGUUGUCUGGGAUAAACCUGGUGUCAAUGGCUCAGCUGACUCUAUGCCUCUCGGCGGCGGUGAUAUUGGCCUGAACACUUGGUAUGAGAACGGCACCAUCCUCAUGUACAUCGCCAAGAGCGGGACAUUUGACGAGAACAAUUCGCUGCUGAAGCUUGGUCGCGUCAGGCUGUCUUUUGACCCCAAUCCAUUCGACAGCAAGUCAUUCGAACAAAGACUGCUACUCAACGACGGUUACGUCAAAUACACUGGCGAAGAAAACGCGACUGCUAAGAUUUGGGUCGACGUCUCUAACCCCGUCGUGCACAUUGAGGUCGAUAGCCCCGAGAAGAUCGCCGUCAAGGUCGCCUACGAAAACUGGCGCUACGAGGACCGUCCUAUUAUCAAUGAGGAGCGCAACCAGGGCUCAUGGGGCAUCUAUACUUCCAAGAUCGCAAACGGUACUACCUACGCCGACAAGAUUGGCUUCCAUGAGAAUGGUGUACUUAUGAGCCAUCGUAAUGAGAAGCUGGAUCUCUGGAACUUUCAGAUGAAACAACAAGGACUUGAGAAGCACUCUGAUAAGAUGUAUAACCCCAUGCGCGACAAUGAGUUUGGUAUCUUUGUCCAUUCCGAGCAAUUGAAACCCGGCGCUGUCACAAACGGCCACUACAUCAACACUACUUACAAAACUUGGAAUCUUGAGACCAAAUCACCUAGCAAGUCCUUCAAGAUCACACUCUCCAUGUAUCAGGCUCAGACUAAGAGUCACGACGAGUGGUACAAAGGUCUUCAGAAGGUCAUCAAGUCCGCAGUCAAGAACACCCAGGACGCAACUAUUGCUUGGUGGCACAAUUACUGGGCACGAUCCUACAUCAUCAUCAACGAAGACAAGGGCGAGAAAAAUGCAGGCUUCCAGGUCGGUAAGAACUACCAGAUCUGGCGAUACCUCAUGGGAUGCAACGCCAAGGGCGACUGGCCCACCAAGUUCAACGGUGGUCUUUGGACUUUUGAUCCCAUCUAUGUCAAUAUCUGGCGUCCCUACACACCCGACUAUCGUCGCUGGGGUGGCGGUACAUUCACUGCUCAGAACCAGCGUCUUCUAUACUGGCCUCUUCUGCGAUCAGGUGACUUUGAUGUCAUGACGCAGCAGUUUGACUUUUACAAGCGCAUCACUCCCAACGCCGUUCUACGUAGUCAGGUUUACCAGGAUAUCGAUGCCGCGUACUUCUUGGAGCAGAUUGACAACACCGGCUUGUCAAACGUGUUUGAGUAUAAUGCGCAGUGGUACGAUGAUGAUGCUAAUACUCCGAGACCUGAUUUUUUCCCAGAUGGUGAGCUCUGGAAUGUCUGGCUGAACCAUGUGCAGGAUACGGCCAAUGAGUUUGCCGAUAUGAUUUUACAGGCCAACAUCUACUCUGGGUUCGAUGUCAAACCGUACCUCGAGUUCAUCGAGUAUCAACUUGCUUGGUUCGACAAGUUUUACACUCGCGAGAUGCAGAAGCGCAAUCCUUGGCCCUUGACCGGUAUGGCUGGAAACGAAUCCCUGGUCAUUUAUCCAGGCUCUGGUGCCGAGACAUACAAAGAGUCAUACAAUCCCGUCUCCACCCUCGCUGGUCUGCGUCAAGUCGUCAAAGAUCUCCUCAUCGUCGAUGAGUAUGCACUCCAGAACAAGACGUACUACACCAAAUACCUGGCCAAGAUCCCUGCGAACACUUUACGCCAGCAACAAGGUCACACUUGCAUUGCUCCCGCCGAAGCAUACAUACGCGUUCAAAAUAGCGAAGUCCCUCAGCUAUACACUGUAUUUCCUUGGCCCGAAUACGGUCUCGGACUUCCUAACCUCACCCACGCUAUCAACACUUACCUCUACGACACCGAGACCUUCUCAUUCCAUGGCAACACUGGCUGGAAGCAGGACGUCAUAUGGCUUGCGCGAAUGGGCUUCACAGCCAACGCUACUGCCAUGACAGAAGACCGGUAUGCACCUAGCAAAGUGUGCAAGUUCCCGACUUUCAAGGGCCCCAACUUCGAUUGGACGCCUGAUCUGAAUCACUACGGUUCUGCUGCUAUUGGACUGCAGGAGCAGCUGAUUCAGACUUUUGUUGGGAACGACAUUAGAUUGCUUGCUGCUUGGCCCAAGACUUGGGACGCGCGAUUCAAGGUUUGGGCUCCGCAUAAUACCACAGUCGAAGGGACCGUGAAGGCUGGUAAGAUGGAGAAGCUCACGGUCCUGCCCAAGUCACGGAAGGGCGAUGUCAUUAUUGGCCAAGAUUGA